ACUGUAAAUUUGUGUUUCACACGGUGGUUCAUCGGCGCUUUCUGAUAGAUAAUUGUUAAUACCGUGGAUGCUUCUGCUCGCAACGUGUGCGGUGCUGUAGCAGCUGUUGAGCGCUCUCAUCCGGAUGGUGGAACGGAUCGAUAGAACUGAGUGCCUUCGUUUGGCAGUAUGCUGGGCUAUUGGUGGAGGAGAUGCCCGAGAUAUUAAAAAUGUGCCGAUAUGAUCCCUCCGUAUCGCAUCUGUUGGUCAAACUGUAAUUUGCUGAUGUGUUUGAUUAUUUUUGCCUCGAGUCGGUCGAGUACCGUAUCGUGGCCGUGGGCAUUUUUAGGACGGUCCUGUGGAACUUGUUCGGAGAUACGCGGCAAUGCAACAACCGAUUCAUUAUAUCUACGGCAAAACAGAUAUUUGCACGCCAUCCAAUUGACAUAUUUCUCAUCAAAAUGAUAUUAUGGAGAUUACGUUUCAUUAGGGAUCCUCAUCCGGAUCAGAUAAAAAUGAAACAUUUCAAAACUAUAUAAAGACAUUUACACCCGCCGAUAUGUUCAUAAUCGUAAAUAUGGCAUUCGUGGGGAUGGUGUGGUCGAUAGCUAACAAGUAUCUGGACACUAAUCUGCGUAUGAUGCCGUUGGCCGAUCCGAGCUCAACAUUGGCCUUGGAAAGAAGCAGGCUGGCUGCCUCAGCCAGACCAACACCGGGCACCGAUAACAUAAUCCUGCACAAGGAGAGGGGAAACAAGCUUUUUAAGAGAUGGGCCUCCAGCAAUAUGAUGGUGAAUGGCGCACCUAUUUGUGUCAUGUCGGACAACACACUGGGUGCCUGCACCGGCGGUCUUAAACCGGGCAAAUUCGAUAUUGAAAAGCACAUUACCCAGGACGGCGGGUACACCAUCAGCACAAAAGUCAAGCUAGGAUCACGCAAGACCACAUUAUGUCUUACCGGACCAAGCAUGACCUUGCAGAGGUGUACUAAUGACAUAGAACAGAUGUUUAAAGUGGAAAGAUAUAACGAGCCUAGCGAUAUAUCGAGCAGCGACGACAAAGAGCCCGAUCCUGACGCGGGUGCAAGCGCAGAACCAUCAUCAGAUGAUGAUGGAGAGCCUGCUCAACCGACUGGAUCUGGAUCCUACUCGUACUGUGUGGACCCUUAUGGCCGGUUAAACUACACGUACACACCUCCUGCACCGACUUCGGUUCCAUCGCUUUAUCCUACUUGUCCAAGCACACAGUCACAAUCUACGCCAUGUAUGGACCAGUACGGUCGUUUGCAGUACGGAAGUGCACCGUAUCCGUAUCAGUAUCCGCCUUGCAACUCAUCGAGCGCUCAGCCUGUUCAGCAAUCGCAACCAGUUCAGCAGUCCCAACCAGUUCAGCAGUCCCAACCGGUCCAGCAGUCUCAGCCCGCUCAGCAGACAUGUGUAGACCAACACGGCUCUGUAAGGUAUGCUACUGCACCUGUCUCAUCCUAUCCGUCGUGUCCUGUGCAGCAGUCUUCAAGCCCGUACCAAAAUACGUGUGUUGACCAGAAUGGAACCGUGCAAUAUUCCGCCGCCACUAUUGCAUCGUAUCCGCCGUGUAGUUCAGCAUAUCAACAGACCCAGCCUGUCCAGCAGUCUCAGCCUGUUCAGCAGUCGCGACCAGUUCAGCAGUCCCAACCAGUUCAGCAAUCGCGACCAGUUCAACAAUCUCAACCAACACUGCAGGCAUGUAUAGAUUCGGCUGGAAUACUGAAGAAUACAACCGAUCCGCUUUCCUUAUCAUCAUUCUAUCCACCCUGUGCACCCACCCAGUCUCACGCGUAUCCUUCAUGUGACUCUGUGCACCAGCGAAUAAAUGAGCUGUGCAAGCCCUCAACCAAUAGUUCAGCAGCCAAUAACACCAAGAAUUUGCAGUGCGUGGACAGCACUGGCACAGUACAACAAGUGGUUGUCGAGAAGACCACGCAAUGCGUGCCUCAGAGCACACAGCCAACCUACUCCACAUGCCCAGGAAAUGUAACGCUGCAUUUCGCUGGUAGCGGUGAUGCUUUUGGGCCUGAUUGGACGCCAUGCACACAGCCAACCGAUAAUAACGUGUAUUAUUACCAGCCUAUUGAUACGGAAGUUGAGGUCUUUGAUCCGCAAGUCUUCCAGCCGUCAGCUCCCGAAAGGAUUGUUAGUUCGCCAAGCACGGCAGUGGUUGAUAAUCCACAAUUUUGCACAUCAUAUUGCCAAGACAGACAGAAAUCACCCGUUUUUGCUGAGAUAAACAGAAGUGGAGGCCCCAAUGUAUAUAAUAUUAAUCCUGGAUCGUGUAUUAGCGAGAGAAAAGAGGACUGUUGUAGGUGCUGACUUCAAG